UUUAUUUACCUAAUAAUUUUUUACUUUCUCAAAACCCAUAUCUAAACAUAGUUAUUAUAACUUGUUGUGUCACUAGAGUAUGAAGUAUGUUGCUGGAUGAAACUGUUGACUAGUUUUCUGGCAUUUGACAUGAUCAUACACAUAAUUCUAAUUAAUAUCAUAAAUGUGAAAGUAAGUUUGUUUGUUACCUCUUCACCAUGUAGGCUACCAUUUUAAUUCCAGGAAAAAGUAUGUCAAUAAAUUAUGACUUUAACAACUACAGUUACAAAUUGAUAAAGAACCAAUAAUUUGUUUCUGUAUAUAUAUAAGAAAGUUAUCAAUGUAUAAGUAUACUGAAUAUUAAUAUGAUCCUGUAAACAAUCAGGUAUUGCACUAUGUGAUACAACUCCAUUUUAGGUUCUCAAUUUGUCACGAUAUUUAAUUUUUUUUCCGACAUAUAACUCAAUUUAUAUCUCAAACAUGGAAUUAUUAGAUACUCAUUUCCAUGAUCACAAUCAUAGUCAAACCUACCUUAUUUCUUAUGUCAAACAUGCUGGCAUUUCAUAUGUAAAUGACAACCUCGAAAAACAAAAUGAUGUCAAAUAUUGACACUAUCAAAUUUUUCAAUAUCAUUAUAAGUUUAUUAUGUAAUACAUAUAUUUUGUUGAAAAUGAUAGAAUAUGAUCAGUAUAAAAAAAAUGUAGAAAUUAUUAACAAAUUUCACUAUCAAGAUUUAUGUGUAGACAAGACUUUUGUGUACAAUGGAAACAUAGGUUUGCUUAAAAAGGGGAGAACAGAACAUAAAGAAAAGAAAGAUGCUCAUCUGGCUGCAGCUGUCUUGGGCAUUAACAAUACUGGAAUUCCUUUACCUAUACAUUCAGAAUUACAUAAUAUUUGGACAGAUACGGAUGCCCAAGAGUUAUAUGUGCGUUCAAGACCUACUUGUUAUUUAAUACUGAACAAACCUGGUGCAGGUGCUUACACCCUUGGUGAAGCUAUUUCUAAAAAGUAUAAUUGUGUUCACCUGUGUCCCAGAAAUAUUAUAAUUGAUGAGAUGGACCAGCAAAGCCUGACUGGUAAAUGUAUGGAUUAUAACAUGAGACAUAAUAAGGUCUUAAAAUUUGAUACAAUAUUGACAAUAUUGAAAAUGAAAUUGGAAUCUCCUGUUAUUAAAAAUCGUGGAUAUGUAAUAUCAGGUAUCCCUCUUGUAACUAAAGAUAGAGAUCUUAAAUACUUAAUGACAAGUUUAUAUUCAGAAGACUCCUUUGAUUUAAUGGAAGGUAUUAUGUAUGAUUUGAUUUGCAAUAUGAAGAAAAAGAAAUCAAAACCACCUAAAACAGAUAUAGGAUCAAAUGCUUCAGUAAGUUAUCAUGAAGAAAUGCAAGAAGAAGCUCAGGUGGAAGAAGAACAGCUUGAGGCUGGCGAAGAAGAAGAGGAGCCACAACUCACGGAACUACCCAAGUUUAUUUUAGAACCAUGUUCUAAUGUAAUAUACUCCCGAAAACCUUAUUAUGAUACAAAACAAUCAGUAUUACUUCAACAGUUGGAUUCUUUGUUUAACUUAUCAAUCAAACCAAAUAUUGUACUUUACAUGACUUGUCCAGAUAUUGAUUUGGUGACGAAAAGGAGCCAUAAAUAUAUAACUUAUACAAAUGGCUUAAACACUGUUGAACAUUUUGAUAAAAAAAUUGAAUCUGAAAUCAGGUGGCCGCAGAAAUAUGUUUUAAGUGAUUAUGAAUAUCCCCAUAGUCAACACAUUUUUAAUCCUAAAUAUAAUUGCAGACAACCUACUAGUUUUGUGGAAAACGUUAUAGAGCAGUUGUGUAAUUAUAAACAAAACAUUUUACCCUUCUUAGAAAACAAAUUAAAGGAAUUUGAACCUAAACAUGUAAUUAAAUUAGAUGCUAGAACCUCUAACCAUGAAAUAAUGCAUUUAAUAACUCAAACAUUCAUCUACUUGCCAAUAAAACCAGUUCUGAUACCAGAACCUUUGUAUCUCGAGGAACCUCCAGAUGAAAUAGAAGAAUUCUGGAAAUUUAUUGAAGAGUCCAAUGUUAUUCGAGACGGCGGUGUUAAUUUUAAUCGCUUUGCAUCCCCUUGGUAUAAUAGAUGCCCUGUCGAACUAAAAAAUCGACAGUCUGUAAGAGGGAAGCCCAAGUUAGCAGUUUCUUUUUUCAAACAUGUUUAUCUAUUAUCUUCUCCAGAUGCUGUAAUUUCAUUCUGCAGAAAUCCAAGACCUUAUUUAAAGCUUAGAUAUUUGGAACCGACGUGUAGAGUUAUAACUAUAGGCACUAAGAGUUCUGGUAAAACUAUGGUUUCAAAAUGUUUAUCAUGGUUGUUUGACACACCUAUUAUUUGUUUUAAAUCGUUGGAAGAAGUUGAAAGAAAGAAAAAAUAUGAAAGAUUUUCCGAAAAUGUAUUAUCAGAAAUAAGUGCCACAAUAGAAGAUGCUAGAUUAGAAAAGUGGCAUAAUAUAGAAAACGAAAGAAUUAAUCAGCUGGAUAUGUGGUAUUUAAAUGUUUCCACUAAACUAAAGGAAUAUAUACCUUUGCUCAGUGAAAUACUUAAUUACGCUGAAAAACAGAAAGCUCAGCAAAUCAAAGAAGAACUUAAAAAAUUAAAAGAACAAGAAGAAUAUGAACCUUUGGAAGAAGAACAUGAAAUUGAAAGUGUUUCUGAAGAUAGCCUCCCACAAAUAAGCCAGGAAACGCUAAACAAUUUCAAUGAAAUACACCAGCUGUUGUCGUUUCUACCUUUUCUAAAUGACAUAGAAACUUGUGAAGCGGCAGUCAGUGAUAAACAAAUAUGCAUACAAUAUGCACCCCAGACUCUAACAACAGCAACAAAGAUACCUUCUAUACCUUGCUUAGGCGAGGAAGACGUUACGGAAGCUAUCAAAGAAUACAUAAUAACUAAUGAUUUACAAAAAGAAGUUGAACCUACUAUAGAAGAGUUGAUGACAGAAUUGAUUAAGAUAUUGUCUGAAAUCGACACUACUGCUCAGGAGGCCACAAAAUUAAAACACAAAUAUGGAAAAUAUAUCAUUGACGAUUUUCCUUCUAACCCUGAAUAUUGGGAUCAUCUUAGGGAUCAAAAAUUUUUACCUGAUUAUACAAUUGCAAUAAUUGAGAACAGGGAAAUUAACGAAGAUAUUUUGGAGCACUAUGCAAAUGUAGAAAAAGCGACUAAAAAUUAUUAUUCAAGAUUUAUGUUAGCUAAGGAUCCACUUAUGCGCAUCAAACGCGAGCUUAAAGGAGAGUCGUCCACUGAAAAAAUGGAUGUUAAUGUUGAUGUUGGCUUUGAUUCACUUACAAAAGCAGAUGAUGUUGAGAAGACACCCACAGAUGAGUCUCCUUCUUUUGCCGAGAAAAUAGAAAAGUUUAAAGAAGAUUGGGAUAGUAUAAAAUUAAAAUUAGAAGAUAAAUACAAAGUAUUCAUCGAAGUAGAAAUAGAAGCAAAGACUGAUGUUGCAAUACUUGAAGAAGUUUUGCUAAAAUUACGUACUGGCUAUUGUGUCCCACCUGAAAUAAACGAAGGUGACGAAGCCGAAGGAUUAGAUGAUGAAGAAGUUACACCAAAAGAUCUUCUUGUUUAUAAUCAGCCGCAAUUUUUAGGUGAUACAAAUGUAUAUGGUCCUAUAGCAUAUCAUAAAGACCGAAUCUUAUGGGAGGGUAAACCUGAAUUUUCUGUAAAGUGUGAUAAUAGAUUAAACUAUUUCUCAAAAGAGGAGAACAUGCAACAGUUUCUAAAAGAUAUCACACUUUACCAAUACUAUAAUUUCCCUUUUAAAGAUAUGCCCGCUUUAAAAAUUUGUGUCAUCGGUACUAUUGGAAGUGGAAAAACUACAAUUUCCAAAUAUCUUGCAAAAGAACUAGGUUUAUUACAUAUAGAUUAUGCUGAAGCUAUUAACGAUUUUAUGAAGCCAAGACAUAUGAAAAGAGUAGGACGACAAUAUGAAAAUGCUUUUACUGAUACUCCAAUGGAUGAAGGUGGUGCUGUAGAUUUUCAAAUGAGUGAAGAAAAUGAAAAUCUCUUGUCUGAUAUACUAAGUAAUGAGACUGAAUUACGUCGCAUGAUUUAUGAAUAUUUCGAAAGAGGUACAGGGAUACUACCUGUUUUAACGCAAAAAUUGAUUAAGAAGCUAUGGUUUGAUGAACCUUUUUGGAGUACGGGGUUUGUGUUAGAUGGAUUUCCAAGGUUACCCACUGAAGUAGAAGAUAUGAUGCCAUGUAAUUGUAUACCAGACUUAGUAAUUCAAUUAGAUAGUGAUUCAGAAACAGCAUUAAAACGUAUGUCUCCUAUAAUGUUCAAAAUGUGGAAAAGUCAAUUAAACGACGCAAAAGCAAAAGCCAAAGAACAUUUGGUUUUGGAAAAACAAGAGUGGCUGAAGAUUAUAACCAGGAAUGUGGUAAUUAAAUUGAUUUGUGAAGAAAUUCUUGAAAAUGUGUUCUUUGCAGAACCAACAACAAAACUUUCCGCUCAGAGCUUUGUAAUGGAUGCAAAUCCAGCAGGUGACGCUCACAUAGAUACUAAAUUAUUUAACACGUAUAACGAAAUCGUACAAGAAAAUCCAGAACCUACUGAUCAAAAUGUGUGGGAACACCCAGAUGAAGCACGUGAAAGAAUUGAUAUGAGGUUGGAAGGUAUAUAUGAAGUAGAUGAUGAGAAUAUUCAAAAUUUAAAUGAAGCUUUAUUAGAACAAAAGAUUAAAGUCACAAAUAUUAACAGUACAAAGCCAUUGAUUAAAGUUUUAAGACUAGCUUUAUCUAAUGUAACCAAUCUUAGAAACCGUAAUCAAUCAUUUUUCGAACAAACAUUUAUAAUUAGCUGUGACAUUGCAGAAAUGUUACUGUCGCAUGGUUAUUAUUUCUUUAGCAAAUUCAAUCGUAUGUGCCCCGUCUACGUUUUCGAAAAUCCACAUGCCAUUUCAAAUCCUUACAAAAUAAAUAAAGUAAAAAACAACGUAUUUGCAAUAUUGCAUCGAGCCUAUGUUUAUUUUAUUAACGGAAAAGAUAAUGUAAUCAAGUUUAGAAACAAUCCACUACUGUAUGUAGAACCAAACAAUAUUAGAUCAUUCUUGGAAUAUUCGGUUGGGAUAGGAAUUAUUGGACCACCAAAAUCUGGGAAAAGUUCAUUGGCUGCCAAGAUAGCAAAAAAAUAUGGAUUUUUAUGCUUGUCAAGAGGUGUAGCAUUGCGGCAUGUUUUAGAAAAUUUUCAUUGGACCGAAUUAGCAUCCAGAAUUGUAGUAGCGCUCCGAAAUGGCGAAUGCAUAAGUAGCGAUAUAGUAAUGAAAGCGGUGCAUGCUACGAUUGCAGACCACCGUGUAGUCACACAUGGUUUUGUAUUCGAUGGAUUUCCAGAAACACCUUCAGAAGCCAUGGAGCUCGAAAAAGUAGGUCUCUAUCCCCUUAUUAUUUUUGAUAUUGAUUCGAACGUAGACAAAAUUGUACGUAAUUCUCAGAAUGAAUGUUAUAUUGAUAUUCUUAAAAGAAAACCACCUUAUUCGAUCCCAUUUAUUAAUCACCGUUUUGAUCACUGGCAAAAAAGAAGCUAUAGCGUGCGAGGGUGGAUAAAUGAUGAUUAUCAAAAUAUGUACGUUAUAAAUGGAAACAUAUCUAAAUGGCAAUGUUUACAAGAGGCUGAGAUUUUGAUAAAAGAUAUCGUUCUGAAAGUAUACAACUAUAUUAAAAACGUUAACUCUGGUGUAGUCUCUAUGGACGGAAUGUGCAUUUCGAAUGCAACAUUCGAACGUAGAAUGUCAAAUUAUAAAAAUCUUUGUCCUCUUUGUUUGCGUAAAAACGUUUUACGCCACAGCAGUUUCCCUGUUGAUAGAAAAGGUAUAUUGCAAUUCAGGAAUGAACUUUUCUGGGUAUGUGAGGACCACAAGAGUGACGCAUUGAAACUUCCACAUCUGUAUCUAGUAGCCAACUAUAAUAUUAGGGUACCGGAAAUUCCAGCUGUUAUAAAAACUGUAAAUCCUACAUUCGUAUAUGAAAAAGGUAUUUGCAUAGUUACAUAUGCAGAUAACCUUCCUGGACAAAAGAUUGUUAGAGGCGAUAAGCAGUUCGCUGCAAGUUAUCGUGGAAAUUCAUAUUUGUUCUGCGAGGCGAAGUGCCUUGAAAAGUUUUUGGCGAAGCCGCACGCUUAUUGGGAUAUAACUGUUUUCAAACUAAGUAAACCGCUUCCUGUACUAGAUCUAAACCAACUACCGAAUUUAGGAUAUUUAGAACAGAGUGUCGGAAAUAUUAUUACAAAAGCGUGUUGUAUGUUAAAUGCCUUACGACCUAAGUAUCCCGGUCUCAGUAUUCAGGUAUCGGGGUUAAUAUAUAUAGGCGUAUAUUUGAAAUCCCACAAUCACAAUUUUGAUGACACUGUUUUGAAUUUGUACAUGAAAAUAUUGAAGACCUAUGAAGCGAGAUGCAAAUUGAUGAUUGACAUAGGCUUGCGUUUGCGCUCUCGAGAUAAUCCGUUUGCAGAGUACCCGAAGUGUUGCGGAGACGUACUAAGAAAGGCCAUGUCCGAUACUACGGCCGUUUCUCAUUCUAGUCUUAGUAUUCUUAGCCAUUCAAAUAUAAACAUGGGUGAAGAAUACCUGGGUGAACAGAGUCAAAGUCUUUCUAAUAGUACUAAUAUAGAGGAUCCAUAAGCGAUUUAAUAUCUUUGUAAAAUUUGAGUGAGCAGAAAACCUAUCACUUUUUUGCAAAGUAACAUUAUUUUAGUCUAUAUUUUUGUUAUUAUUAGUAUUAGCGUACUUUUAUUAUGAAAUUUUGCAUAAAAUUGGAGAAAACACUAAGAAUUUUUUGAAGCAAAGUACAUUUAUUUUCGCUGUGUUCGUCCGUUCUUGCGCGUUGCAAAGUAUCUAAGUUAUAACUCUAUACAAAAAAAAAGAGAGGUCGGGCCACGGAUGAAAGAAAUAGCAAUAUUUCUAAAAUAAUUUCUUUAUAGCAGUGUUUUCUUCAGUUUUAUAUCUAACUUCAUGAUUAUUAUCGAUUUUCUGUUUUAGAAUAAAUAAAACGUCUUAAAACAA